GUGUCUCUAUUUCAGCAGCACCUGUCGCGUGUCUUUAAUGGUUUCCUAGCAACUAUUCCUAAUGCCUUAUAUAAGUUGUACAAGAAAUGCCGCUCUUGACUAGUGGCGGAGUUUCUCAAUCGUAUUGGGGUAUCGUGUCUUUCUCGGUGUGCCCUACAGGCCCCCGCAGCGCCAGUCGCGAGAUGCUUGGCUUUUGCCGCAGUGCCCUGAGGUUUCUGACUUCGUUUGCUUCUUCCCCUGAAGGCUCCGGUCAGUCGCAGUCUGAAUACUCGCUGUUUUUAGACCUCCUGUCAGAUCACAAGGGUGGCAUGAAGCGGAAAGGAAAAGAAAUCACCGCCCGCGCCUCCACUUCCUCUGGUAAGACGCGGGACACGACUCGUCAGGUAAGGAUGAAAGACGUCGAAGAGAGCAGUUCAAGGGAACUGAUUCGAGGGCAGGACAGUGGCCCAGAGAAAAGGGUUUAUGUGACGAGGUCGGCAUCCCGAGAACUGGUGCCGGCACUCAAGAAGACCAAGAGCAAACGGAGCCAUGAAGAACGGGAGCAAGAAGACAGUGAUAUGCAGGCGAACUCGCACGAAAGCCCAAAACGGGAAAUGCAAGUGAAAAUAUGCUUCAACCGAAAGCACGGACAGAGGAAGGAAUUCCAGAUUAGGGAAAGCGGAAUGAAAAUCGGAGAUGGCAAGAGAAAGGCGACAUUCUCAGUGAGCACAAGCGGCGGCCAAGGAAAGAAGAAGAAGCAGAAGUUCGUCUUGAGCGGUCCAGUCUUUGAGGACGGCAAGCAGAAACAGUCGGUGCUAGUCAAAUCACUAAAGGUGAAAUCGCCAAGGGACGAAAUGAAGAAACCUGGACGUCAUGUGAGAAUCAAGAUUUAAAGAGAUUGUCAUUCAAGAGACCAUCUUGAUUAGCAGCAUCCCAAAGACUCCAGACUCAUUGAGCACAGGAGGACCUGCCCAUACACUUGUAUGCAUGUAGACAUUUGAAAGCUUUAUGUGAUUUACCUUUACAUGAGGGAACUUGAAAACUUCCCAAGAAGUUUAAUUACUGCUUUGAAACGUAACGGCUGAGCCUGUUAAUAGUUCAACAUAUCAGCAAGAGACAGAAAUGGUGCCAGAAAAAUGUCAAAGUGGUUUAACUGCAUGCAUCUCAUAGAAUCGCACAAGUGUGAUAUUCUGUCAUGGAGCUGCAGACAAGCAAUGCACUAAAUGAAAGGUAUGUGAUGGGAAUAUAAGAAAACAUUUGAACAUAUAAAUAUAGCAGUCCUAAAGUUUAGCUUCAUCUCCUGUGGGGUUUGGGAUGAUGACUCAUUGUUUAGCAUUGGUGGCUCACCAUGCUAGAUUUAAAUCCUUCACAUGUUCUCUGUAUAUAUGGAGUUUGCAUGUUCUUCAUUUGACUGCCUGUUUUUACCUCCAGGUUUCUUCCCACAUCAUAAACAAAUGUGUUACAAAUAUUAGGAAUCAUACAUUGGCUUGUGUAAGUGUUUCCAUGUUUGUCUGUCCCUUGCGAUGGACUGGCAUCCCAAUCAGGAUUGAUUACCACAUUGGUCAUGAUGCUGUUGUCAACAGGCUUCACCCACAACCUUCACCACUUGAUCCUCAACUGGAUUAAGCCAAGUAGAAAUUGAAUGGAUGGAAGAACCAUGUGGUUCUACAAGUGAACAUGCACUGUGAUGGAUUAGCACUUUGUCCACAGUUGAAUAAUUCCUUGUGCCUGGUGUUGCAGGGUUGCACUCCAGGUCCCAUAUCCCUGAACUUGAACUCAGCAGGAUUGAUAAUUGAUGCAUAUCUCAUAAGUGGUAUUUCUCUGGCCAUGGCUCACAGUUCACUAAAAUAUUUUAUUUUCUCAUUUAACCUUCUGAUAAAGUAGAGAGCUUUAAAGAUUAUCCUAUAUUAUAUGUACCAGAUCUGCAAUGAAAUGAAAAUUCCUUCAAAAAUUGUAAAAUGACAUUUUUGAGUCACUUACCGCAAACAUGGAAGAUUUGCUUAAGCUGAGGUGCUCACAAGUCCUGUGGAAUCCUCUUAUUAUUCCAAAGACAAAGUAAUUUAUUGACCCCAAAUGUGUCUUUGCGAGAGUGUCAUAUGAUGGACCUGACUUAAUCCUAAACCUAACCCUACACCUAACCCUAACCCAAUAAGAGUUUAUUCCUGCCGUAUAAAGGGGAUUCAAAAAAUUAAUGGAAGUUAUAAGGAGAGCUACAGUAGUAAAACCUGCCUUACAGGCUGCAGUUUACUCUUCUGCUGGGACAAAUAAAAAAACAAUGAAAAAAAGUGGAUUAGACACCAGUAUGGGUUGAUAUGUGGCAAAUAUUGCUUAAAAAGUAAAAAUAUACAACAUAACAUUGAGCCAAUGUUUUAAACACAGACAAAAUAUACUGACCUUAAAUCAUACCAGCAUUUUUACAGCACAAAUAGAUCUUAUCUAAACUAUAGUCACAACAUUAUAUUAUGGAGAAUAUACAGGGUGGAGAGUUUUGAUUCUAAUACCAAUCUAAUAGUCAGUUAUAUUUAUUUGCAUAAAUUUUAACCUACUAAUAAUUUAUUUGGAAUUUAAGAUGGGUAUAGCAUGUCUACAAAGCCAGAGCUUAGCACAGCUGCCUGUCCAGCCCAGCCAGUGGGAGUUGAGACUUUGUGUUGAGGUAGGAAGGAGACGGGUGGUGUUUCCGCUGUUCGCUGACUGACUACCUCAAAAUGUAAAAAAAGUCUGCCUAAUAUUGACUCACUUUGUUGGGUUGUGUAUUGAAUAGAAACUACAGUACUCACUCAACAUAAUAAAAAAAAAAUGUGAACAUGGUCUUGUACCCUGAGUUUCUUGGUGCCAGAGAAUCACCAUGCUUCCUGUGUUUUCAGUGACACUUACACCAGUGAUAUAUGCCCAGUUAUAAAAUGCUUCUUGAAUUUCUCCCAGUCCAAAGUCAUUAAUUAAGAUUCUCUCUGGAACACUGGAUGUUGUGGUGCUUCAUUUCAGAAAUCAAAUGCUCUUGUUUAGUUAUUCAUGAAGAAUGAGUUCAACUGGCCCAUAUCUAAUCACUUUAGUGCCUCUUAUCUUAUGCACUAUCAAUUCCUCCAUUACAAUUUGCUCCACAGUGGUAACAUUUUCUUCUUCUACUGAAGUCCAGUCAGACCUUGGGUCGUCUGAGUGACAUCCUGUUAAAAUUCUGCAGUUUAUCUGCUAACUGUGACAUAUGAAGAGAACUCGUCCUGGUACAUUCUGACUAGGCAUAGAUGAAUCUCUAAAGACAUAUUUUUAGAAAUCCAAUAGGUUGGGAGCAUGCACUGCACAAUAUUUCAUAUUUGGUUUUCACCAUCCACAAAUAUUAGAACCUUGUCAUUUACAUAUACAAGUAAAGUGGGAUUAAUGUUUGGCCUCCAUAGAAUACCCUUUCUGGUAAACUAUGUGUCUGUGGUGUGUCUUUAAAAGAAGAGAGCCAAAUGAGAAUGAAAAAGUACAAAAAUAUUAUACAUAGACGUGCAGAGGAGCAAUUGUAGUGUUAUGUAGUCUUUUGUAUAGUGCCUACUACUGACAGUUGGUUAUUGACCAGGACACCAAAUAUAACACUUCUUUGUUCUGAAGAUACUGAGUACAUGUGAUAUGAACAGAAAUGCUCCAAGUGAACUGUCAAGGAUGAACAAUUAUGAUGUCAGGUGUGACUGACAGGAGACAGGGAGAAGCUGACCAGUACACUUUUGUCCACUGGCAUAUAAAUGGUGUACGCAUCACAACUUAUUAAGAUAUGAACUAAAAAGUUUUUCUUUCCUGUCGAAUUUUCAAGCUAAAAAGAUGGAGUUUUCUUUAGUAUUCGGCAGGGCAUGUUCACACAUAUGAGGUGCUGUCUCAAUGAAUCCAUCUGUCUAGGUGUGUGAAUGCUGUGCCUUGUCACCACCUGUGAGAAUUUGUCAUGUUCUGUUGUGUUCUAGUUAGUUUCUUUCUGGUUUUAUCCCAAAUAUGUGCAUUUUAGCUUCUCUGAAAACUGUUCCUACAGGAGUGAGUAGAGUGAGCAUGGGUAAGAGAGGGCCUUGCAAUGGAUGGGCAGCCAUUCUAUAGCUUUUUUUUUGCCUUAAACCUGAUUCUGUCAGGAUUUUCUCAGGCCCUUUGUGUUCCUGAAUUUGAAUAAAUGGGCGUGAGAGUGUGUGUCUUGUGUGUGUGCUUAGUGGAAUUUACAGCUCCAAUAAUGAACACUGCAUGUGUGUAUGUCAGUGACAGGCACU